GUUAUUCUCAAAUGGACUCUCCAUCAUCGCAACGACCAAUGAACAUGACCAACAGCAAAUCAUCUCAAUCUCGACCAUCCAGUCCUCGGCUGGUUAAAGCUGGCACGGCGUUCAAGAAAGGUUCUGGCGGUGGGUUCCUCAUCCAUCGCCACAACUGGAAGCCUCGGUAUUUGGUGCUCACGCUUGACGCACUUUUGUACUUCGACCACCAAGAUGGCCACCUCAAAGGCAGCGUGGAUCUCUCGGACGUUUACGACACAUUGGCGUUGGAAAUCAUGCCCAAGGACUGCCACAAAACAGGGCAUUCCGCUGCGUCCGAGUGGCGUCUGCGCAUCAACACACCGUCGCGACAGUUUGUCAUGGCGGCGUCCUGUGAACGAGAUAUGCGCGAAUGGGUCGAAGCUUUGUUAAGCGUUUUCAGAGCCAACGAACGACGACGGAGCGACACGAAUCGACGACAGCAAGCAACAUCGUCGGCCGUGUCCUCCCAAUGGACAACCAACCACCCACAAGUGCUCUGUGGAACGACGAUGACUUUCUAACAGGUUUGAAUCAAGCCACAGCAUUGUAUCUUUUGUAAUGCAACAUCUAGUAUUUAUUAUAUUGCAAACGAUGAGCUCCUAACGAAUCCAAAAUCAAUAUCCUUCACAGA